AAGCGUGUGCAUGUGUGUGUGUAUGUGUGUGAAUGCAGAUACCUGUGUGUAUUAUUCAAGCAUGUGUGUGUGUGUGUACCCAAGGCAGCAAGCAGUGAGUGUAGGAGCGUUAUGACCGUAGAGUGUGUGUGAGGGUCGCCCCGGGGUGGGCGGGGUGUAGCGCCGUGGUCACGGGUUGCCAGUGAGACUCAUCACCUCCGCCGCGAUUCCUUUGGACCCCGAGUGAUCCGCCGCGUGAUCCAGGGUAAGAAAGGUCCACGGUGAGAACCAGCUGUGCGCGAGGCAUGCAGGUGGUGCCAGCGGGUGGUGGGUAGCAGGUCAUCUCCACCUGGCCUGGGGUUGGUCUCCUCCCCUUAUCUCACAACACCGCCACACUGCCUCUGAUUACACAGCUCCGCCACUCUGCUCCUCACUGCCGUCCUGACCUUACCUCUGUCACGCUACUUGGAUGUGUGUCUCCGUGAGCCAGCCUGGUGGUAGCCUCCAACACUCACACUAACCCGCCCUCACCUCCACCCAACCUCCAGCUCAUAAUCCUCGGCCUCACACAGUAGGCGUUAGCGCCUUGUUUACCUGAGUUGCUAACGGAUACAAGCAAGAGUUGGGCGUGCGAGGCUCUCGAGUUACCUGUUGUUGCGAGCGCGAAGGUUGGAGGCCCGAGUGUGGGCGAGCGGUCAGUGCAUGAUGAAGGCCGCGUGCUUGGUGGUGGCGGCGACUGCACUCAUGGCUCUGGGUCCUCCCCCAGCCACCGCCGCCGAUAUCCUCGUCUUGACUCCGUUUGGGUCUCGGUCUGUGCGUGCAUUAUUCUCGGUGUUGACGGAGGGUCUAGUGGCUCGGGGCCACACUGUCACCCUCCUGUCCAGCGGGGAGCCCUUCCCCCGGCACCCCAACGUCACCCACGUCGUGUCCCCGCACUCAGCCCUCGACCAGAUGGACUUAUUCGAAGUUCGUGAGGGCGGCGCCGUCUUCCGCUUGUGGAUGAAGGCCUUCCCUGCUGUGGCGCGGGAGAUGUACGGUAACCCCAAAGUGAUGGAGCUCUGGCGACGUAGGGACAAGUUCGACGCCGUCAUCGUCAACAGCGCCGCGAACGAGAUGGCGUUCCCAUUCCUCCUGGACAUAACGGCGCCGUUCAUCACUCUGUCGCCGGCAGGGACGGAGCCGCUGCAGUUGUCGUACCUGGGUAACGUUGUGUCCCCAGCCGCCCUUCCCUCCAUUGUGGUGCCCUUCGACAAUCACCUCUCCCUGUGGGAACGACUCGUCAACACGCUCGCCACCAUCCUCCUCAGGUACUCGUUCCGCCGCACCGUCGGGCGUCCCUUGGCCGCUGCCCUCAGGGACACCUUCCCAGACCUCCCGGAUCCCUUCGAGUUGUACCCAAAGCAAUCCCUGGCGCUGCUGAACCGUCACCACCUUCUGGACGGGUCGGUGCCGCUGCUGCCUAACCAGGUGGAAGUGGGCUGCAUGCACUGCCACCCAGCCCGCCCACUGCCCCCGGAUGUGGCAGAGUGGAUGGAGGGCGCUGGGGAGGCUGGGGUCGUGUACUUCAGCUUAGGAUCCUUCCAGAAGACCUCUAGGAUCCCUGCCAAGUACCGUGAGGUCCUUAUGGAAGCCUUUUCCCGCCUCCCCCACCGUGUCCUUAUCAAGUACGGCGAGAGUGACGUACAAUUCCCUCCCAACGUCCGUGCUUUCCCCUGGCUGCCUCAACAGGAUAUUUUAGGCCACAAGAACCUCCGUCUGUUCGUGACACACUGCGGGAUACACAGCGCGUCAGAGGCAGUAUAUCAUGGUGUGCCUGUACUCGGUCUCCCCAUCACCUUCGAGCAGCCAAGGAAGUGUGCCAGGAUAGCUCGUCGCGGGGAGGGCCUCGUGCUACAGUGGGAACAGCUCACACCAGAGGCUAUCAUUGACUCUGUCUAUACCCUCGUGCAUGAUGUGAGGUUUCGCAAGCGUGUGGAGGGCGUGUCUCGUCGCCUUCAAGCACAAAAGGAAACUGGUCUUGAGCGAGCUGUCUGGUGGGUCGAGUACGUUAUGGAACACGGCAACGACUACCUCAGGUUCUCGGGUGCUGACUUGAGCUUGGUGCAGUAUCUCCUGCUGGACGUGUUGGCCAUCAUAGGCGGUGUGGCUCUCGUCAUCGGUGUGGUCCUGUUCUUCCUGGCCAGAUCAAUUUUCAAGAGAUUUUGGCCCUCAAGCUCUUCAAAGGCUAAGCUGGAGUGAGCUUGUUGCCAUAUCAGCUGCUCUAACCACUGUCAUUAUGUACAAUAUUUUCUUAAUGGUGCUACUCUGUGCUCAGUGAGGCAGGACAGCAGAAGGGGGAGGGGCAGGUACUGUUAACUAUAUUUUAUGUGGGUUAUUAUACUAUGUAAGCGUUAGCAAAAUAUUUAAUUAUAUUGUACUCUAUGGGGGUAAAUUAAUAUGUCUGCUGAUACAGGAAGUUUAUAUUUCUCUACUGUCAGUGUUUUUAAAUAGGUUUAAUGAACUAUCAGUGAAAUUGUAUCAGAUGGUAAAAUAUUAGUAAAUUGCACCUUAGGCGCCCUUUGUGCAGGUAUAGCCGUAUGGUUAUCAGUAUCUCUCUCUUAUCACACACUGACUAGACCACAAUCCUCAGCCUCUUGUGGGAAAUCCAAACUGUAAACUAUAUUCAGACUGAUGAAGUUUCUGAAGUUUCAAACAAUAAUAUGAAGGUAAAUGUUUGCUGUCAAUGAUGUAUAACCACCACCCAUAUACACGUGUUACCUGGGUCCUGGGAUACAUACAAUAAGCAGCUGAGGGAGAGAUGGUGUUCUAUAUGAGGUCACUGAGACGUCCAUCCUGGGGUUAAAAAUAUUCAGGGAUCAUUAAGGUACAAUCACACUAUAGUCCUCACCUUAUUGAAGACAUUUACUACUUGAAUGGGGUUUAUCCAGUGAUCAUUGUACAAAUCUGAAUUCGCUUAUUGUGUUUGCACUUAAAGGCUCAGUCAGUUUAUAGACUAUCUCCACAAACCCCCUUUACUGUGGGGACACCACUUUUAAUAUUUGGUUAAAACCGGAUGAUUUUAUUCAGCUCAGCCCUAUACACAAGGGGUUAAUGACUGACUGGAUUAGUUUUUAUCGAGAAAGCCAAGUUAUUCAAGUUGAAAUUUCACCUUUACACACAAGGGAAGAUAAAGGUAGACUGGACUAUCUAUGUACGCUGUAACAACUUAAGUAACCUUUGGAUUUCAUAUCAAGUCACUAGAUUAAAUGUACAGUAAAGGGUGGCUCAUAGGCCACACACCUUUGUAAAAUUGAUUUCUUCUUUUUCAGUUGAAGAAAUCAUAACAAACCAACAAAAAUGGCAGAGAAAUUAUCACAAGAUUCACUUUAAUAUUAAUUGAUAAAACCCCUGUACUGUACUAUGCCUGGCUGUCAAUUAAAUACUUUUGAACUGACUUGUGUGUCGCAUCUGGUUUUCAGCACAAGAAUAUAUUAAACUGACUCUUUCCUUUAGUGUUAAUUUCUCUGCCAUCUUAUCUCUUAUGAUUCCCUCACCUGAAGAAGAAAAAAUAACAUUAAUUUUUCCAUUGGCAUAUGACCUAUGAGACGACCCUAUACAUUACAUAUUUCCAGUCACGAAAGAAUGUCAAAUGACCUUGUUUGGUGGAUAUUAUUCUUAUUAGAUGUAAUUUGGAUUUGUUCUCUAUAUAGUGUCAGGUAUACAGUACACAUCGUUCAUAAGACAUGACAAAUGAAGAACUACGAUAGUGAAAAUGUGCCUUCAGGAAUUAGAUUUCUGGUGUGCAGCUAUCCCUCGAGUUAGGGAAUUUCAAGCUACAGAAUUUCAAGUUACGGAAUUUCUUGUUACGGGAUUUCAAGUGAAGGACAACUAUUCAGGAACGCAACCCUUCUGUAACUCGAGGGAUGGCUGGUAAUUGUAGACCUUCGGCAGUACAGCACACUAAUAAUAUGAGUUAAGUACAAUACUGUACUUCUGAGGGUGAAACAUAUGUGAAUCCUCUACUAGAAUCUAGUUUGAAGUUUCACAGAAUAUUUGCCUUAUUAAUGUUAUGGUACUGAACACAUAGUAAUAUAUUUUAAUAUUAGAAUAAAUUUAAUACAGUGAUCCUAUUUUCUACAGGUUUUUUCUUAUGGGCAUAUUAUUUGUAUAUCAUUUUCAUAGAGAGUUUAAAAGUGUUCCUGUGGCCUGAAGAGUGAGUAGUUUGAUAUGUGUUGUGUAAAGUAAAUAUGUAUACUUGAUAGGCCUAAUAUAGUUGCUUGUUAAUAUUUAGACUAAGUUUCUGCCAAUUUUAAGAUCAUGCAACAUGAUUUUUUACAGUUUUUGUAAAGGAUUGUAUAGAGAUGUAUAAUUCAUAGGUUUAAAUUGUUUUCCAAUCAACAUUGAUCUUCCGCCAAUCUUGAAAUCCUACACUAAAAUUUGACACGUUGUUUGUUGAUUGUUUAUGAGAACAAGGAAGAUCAUUUUGUUACCUCUGAACUAAACACAAUAUGACCAGAUACUCAGGUUUCUCAAUACAGUAAUCAGAUACAAUAUAUAGAUACAGGUAUAUAGAAUAUACUCAGCACUAUUGUGUAUAGUACCUCACAUAACUAUUUUGUUUUCUCAACUCUCUGGAUAAAUAUUUACCUCAAAAUAAUUAUGCAACGUGCUUUGACUAGACUCCCAGUGUGAUUGUCAGUUCAUAAGAAUUAGUUUGAUAAAGAACAACUUCGUCUGGCAAGUUGCAUAUACCAGCAUUAUCACUUCACAUUUUACAGGAUAAACUGCAGGUAUUAAGCUUUUAUUGCUUAAAUCAUAAUGAAACAAGUAUGUAUGUGCUAUUCCCCGUAAAAAAAUAAUAUUCUCUACAGUGAAAUACUACAAUAUUAGCAGAGUAACUUUGGAAACUUAUUUACUAUUCCUCUUCCCUAAUUAUCAACUUAAGCAAUAAUGGCUAAUAUUCAGAAUACUGUACUGUUAUGAUGAUUGAUGGCUUAAGAUCAAAGGCCUAUGGGCUGUGAAUCAAUGAGUAAUGUCUGUAAGGGAAUAAAUUGGUUACAGUAUUGAUGUAUAUAUAAGACUCGAGUCAGUAGCCAUGGAGGUACACAAACUUUAGGACAGACCAAUUGUUGUAGGUCAGAUACAAGAGUAUUUAACGAGCUUGUUUUAUAUGUAUUAUACUAUACAGUAUAUAUUUACAUUUGUAUUAUCGUGUAAAUAGUUUAACUACUUUUUCAUAUAUUACAACUACAUGUGUCUGUAUAUUUGUUGUUGUUCUAAGACAAGUCGAUAACUUUUAUUCUCUCUAAUCUAAAAACAAACAUUUAAUGAACUAUGGGUGACUAGUUUACUAUUCUUGAUGUACUCAGAUCCUCUCCAGGGGCGGAUCCAGGAAUAUCAAAAGGGGGGUCCAAGAAGUUGUGGGUGGGGGAAUAUGGCGAGCACAGCGAACCCACCCAUUUGGGGGAGGUGCUGUAAGCCUCCCCCUGAUAAUUUUAUUUUUUUAAUCUGUCGAAUAUCAUGGGCAUUUUGAGGCCAUUUUGAAGCCAUGUACUCUAAAUAUCAGGAGAUAUUCUGAAGUCAAUAGUAAUUACUUUUUACUAUGCAAAAACGCCUGAGUACAGUGCUGCAUUAAAGAAAAUGUAUUGGAACUUUUUGGGGAAAAGUGUGGGGUGUCCGGACCCCCCGUGGAUCCGCCCCUACUCUCUCUACCUCUGGCCAGACUUCUCUCCAUUGCUUUACCUUCUCAAGAAAGCCUCAACAAACUCCUCAGAUCACUUCAACACCCUCUGCCCCAAACCCACCAACUGACAACUAAUUUCUUUCUUUUCUCGAACUAUCUUUGCCAUACAAUACAAAAGCUAAAUAAAAGUUAAGUUAAAGUUAUAUGAAACAAAAAUGAUUUAUCAAUUAAUGUUAAACUUGUUAUAUUUAUUGCACAGUUAAAUUCGGACAUUGUUAAGAUGUACAUUGAUUUGUUAUAUUUGUACACUAGUUAAAUAUUGUACAGGAUGUCUCAUAAGUCACGCUCCAUACUGUACAGGGUGUCUCAUAAGUCACGCUCCAUACUGUACAGGGUGUCUCGUAAGUCACGGUCCAUACUGUACAGGGUGUCUCGUAAGUCACGCUCCAUACUGUACAGGGUGUCUCGUAACAUAUAAACACGAGCAUACACUACCAUAGGUCCAAGACACUUUCUACUGGUAUUGUAUAUAACGUUUAAACCGGAGAAGUCAAGUUGAUGGUAAAUUUUCUUGAGGAAAUCUGGUUAAACAGUUAUGAAAUUUUCUAUGUAUGGCAAGUUUAUGAGAAAAAUAAUAUUGUUCAUUAUAUAGUAGUGUGGUAUUUUGAGGGUUAAUUCUGUUCUUUGUCGUUGUCUAGGUAGAAGUGUUGUUAUGUCAUAUUAUAUCAAGAAAUAAGAUAAAUUGCCCUUAUAGAUAAACUCAAGGUAAUUAUUCUAUAUCAAGGUGCUAAGGUAAUACUGAGACGUAACACUUAUUAGAUCAUUAUUCAGGUAAUUUAUUAUUGUUUACUGAGAUGGAAUUACAACACUUUCAGCCUGGGUCAACAAUAUGUAAUUUUGUAUUUACUGUUAUGUAGGUUUUUGUAGUGCAGCGAGUGAGCUGGUUACAGGUUACAGUAUAUAUAAAUGAUCAAGGUUAUAUAAUGGCCUUGGUGAACUUGUGUAAAUAUAGGAGUAGCUGUGUGUGUGUCGCGGGGUUGGUGUUGAUGAUAUUGUUAUGUAAAGCUGUUUUCUUAUAUUUCUAUAAACUUUACACUAGAACCAUACACCAGAUAUUGAGACUGAAUUUACUUAACACAUGACUUACAAUAGGGAGUAAUACACAGCUUUAUAUAUACAGUAAAGUAUAUAUAAACUGUAUAUUACUUCCUUAAUCAAAAUCCUAAAUAUUAUCAUACAAACACAUGUAUAUAAUGCACCAACUCUACUUGAUCUGUCAUAUACAGUACUGUAUAAGCUAUAGUAAUUUAGGUAUCAGAAGACUGUAAAAAAUGUAUAUUUAUAAUAUAAAUUUCUAAAUAUUUUAUCCGUCACCCAAAAGUAACUUUAUAUACCGUAUAUAAAGUUACUCCAUAGUACUCUACCUCUCAGCCUCAUUUAUAAAUCUGAUAUUCAGGAAGACCUAAACCAGACGUGUACAAGAAUCUUAGGUGUUACUGUGUCUAACUUGGCCUGUGCAGUGUAUGAUCUGUACAGGCCCCAUGAUGCGGUACUUCAUGUGGUAUAAUAAAGAGAUAUCUUA